AUGACAGAGCUUCCAACCAAAGUAAGCAAGACAGUUGUGCCAUACAAGAAGCACAAGACAUGGGCAAGGACUUUUGAGUGCAGACCACAGUAUUACUUCCAGCCAGAGACGAUCGACGAGGUGAUCUCGAUCGUCAAUACGGCGAGAAAGUCAAGAAGAGCAGUGAUGACCGUUGGAUCCGGUCACUCGCCCUCUGAUUUGACGAUGACGGGGGACUGGCUGGUGAAUUUGGACAAGUUCAACGGCGUGGUGGCGGAGAACCCUUCGGCGGAUGGGAAAUACACGGAUCUGACGGUGGAGGCAGGCAUGAGACUAUACGAGUUGGAGGCAUUGCUUGCAAAGAAGAAUCUUGCCCUGCAGAACUUGGGAUCGAUCAGCGAGCAGUCGGUUGCCGGGGUGAUUUCCACGGGAACGCACGGCUCAUCGCCAUACCAUGGGCUGAUCAGUCAGCAGGUUGUGGACAUCACAAUUGUGGAUGGAAUGGGGAAGUUGGUGAAAUGCUCGCAGAAGAUAAAGCCCGGGCUCUUCCGGGCGGCGUUACUCUCAUUGGGAAAGAUCGGGCUCAUCAGCUAUGUGACUGUGAGGGCAGUGCCUGCGUUUAGGAUCCGGUCGUGCCAGGAAGUGAUCACUUACGAGACGCUUUUGGACCAAUUCGAGAAAAUAUGGACCAGUGACGAGUACGUGAGAGUCUGGUGGUUCCCGUACACGGAGAGGUGCGUUCUCUGGCGGGCAUCGAAGACGCUUGACGCGGUCAGCCGGCCCCGGAAGUCCUGGUACGGCACCACGAUGGGCAGAUUGUUCUACGAGUCCUUGUUGUGGGUCUCCGUGCACAUUUUCCCCAGACUCACGCCAUACGUGGAGCGGUUCGUGUUUGCCAGGCAGUACGGCACAGACGAGACGUACGGACACGGAGAUGUGGCCGUUCAGGACUCUGUUGAAGGUCUCAACAUGGACUGCUUGUUCUCGCAGUACGUGGAUGAAUGGUCUGCUCCCUUGACCAACGGACCGGAAAUCAUCCGGUCGUUGAAGAAAUCCAUCGACCAGGGAAGAAAGACGGGUGAUUUCUUCGUGCAUUCGCCGGUUGAGGUGCGUUGCUCGAACACAACAUGUCCAAAUUCGGCCGAGCCGCAGGAUUUGACCACCCGUACACCAACGUCCUUUGGCCCCGUGUUUGGAAACCAGGUCAGACCGUACCUGGACAACGCACCGAGGUUGAAGUGGGCCCCACAGGACAAAGUCACCAACGGCCAGCUCACGCUUUACAUUAAUGCCACGAUGUACAGGCCGUUCCGCAGCAGGGCACCGAUCAGAAAAUGGUUUACUGUCUUCGAGGAGACCUUAGAUGCUGCCGGGGGAAAGCCUCACUGGGCCAAGAACUUCAUCGGGUCGUCUGAUGCCAAGGAAGCCGCGGAAACCAGGGCAAAAGCCGCCGGAAGCAGGCUGAGAGACGACUCCAUGGUUGGAUUCAAGAGCAAGAUGGAUGAAUGGUACGGGGAUGAUCUCCGGAGCUUCCAGCGGGUCAGAAAGGAGGUCGAUCCGUAUGGAGUCUUCCUCAGUGGAAUUCCUUGGGUCCGCAGAAAUGGAAUUGUCGAAGAAGAGGAAAUCCAGAGUGUGGAGAAAUGGCGUGCCGAGGGGGAUGCAAAGCACGAGGUGCAGCCUUGA